AUGGCGCCUUUCACAAGGAAAAUAUAUCAGCGUUUGCUGUUCAUUGUCGUUUUUCUUCCAAUAUCAGGUGUUUUAUGCUUUAGUGAGUUAUUUUUCAUCAAGGAGCCCCGUGAUGUCACUGUCAUGCGAAAAGAAGCUGUUAUUUUGGACUGUCAGGCGCAUGGAGAGGCACCCAUUGAUGUCAGAUGGCUCAAGAAUGGAGUGAAAGUGGUGGAGAAUGAACGGGUGUACCUGCUCUCCAAUGGCUCCCUUUAUAUUUCCGAAGUGGAGAGCAGAAGAGGAGACAAAUCAGAUGAAGGGUUCUAUCAGUGCCUCGCUCAGAACAAGUAUGGAGCAAUCCUGAGCCAGAAAGCCCGUCUUACAAUCGCAAGUAUCUUCUCUUUUGCAAUCCAGCCGACAUCCAUAGUGGUAACUGAAGGCUCAGUCGCCAGGUUUUCCUGCAAAAUCAGUGCCCACCCUCCUCCCAUAAUCACUUGGGAGCUCAAUCGAGUCACAUUACCCCUCACCACUGAAAGAAUCACAGUCCUGCCCAGUGGUGUCCUUCAGAUACAUGGAGUGCAGCGAGCGGAUGCUGGAAAUUACCGAUGCAUCGCCACCAACAUUGCCAGUCGCCGCCGAAGCACGGAGGCCACCCUCACUGUCACCCCAGCUCCCAGCCCCCAGCUUCCCCAGAGGCCACGCAUCAUCGCUGGGCCACAGAACAUUUCAGUGUCGCUGCACCAGAGUGCCAUCCUGGAGUGCAUGGCCACAGGCAAACCCCGACCCAUCAUCUCCUGGAGCCGAGCGGACAGCAAGUCCAUUGAUGUUUACAACACCAAAGUGUUGGGAAAUGGCAACCUCAUUAUCACAGACAUCAAGCCUCAGCAUGGAGGAGUCUAUAUGUGCAGAGCCACCACUCCUGGCACACGAAACUACACUGUUGCCUCAGCCAAUGUCACUGUUUUAGCACCACCCUCCUUGGUGGAGUGGCCGGAAAGCCUGACGCGUCCCCGUGCUGGCACUGCCCGCUUUGUGUGCCAAGCUGAAGGAGUUCCAACACCUCAAAUCACUUGGCUCAAGAACGGAGAGAAAGUUCACUCCAAUGGUCGAAUCAAGAUGUACAACAGCAAACUGGUGAUCAACCAGAUCAUCCCUGAGGACGAUGCCAUCUAUCAGUGCCAGGCAGAGAACGAGCAAGGAUCAGUCAUAUCCAUGGCGAGGCUCAUUGUGGUGAUGUCAGAGGACCGGCCAAGUGCACCCAGGAAUAUCCAAGCUGACACAGUGUCGAGCUCUGCCAUCCUCCUGGCCUGGGAGAGGCCUCUGUAUAACUCAGAUAAAGUUAUUGCUUACUCAGUGCACUACAUGAAGGCUGAAGGAUUGAACAAUGAGGAAUAUCAAGUUGUCAUUGGAAACGAUACAACUCGCUACAUUAUUGAUGACCUCGAGCCAGCUCGCAACUACACCUUCUAUGUUGUUGCCUACAUGCCCAUGGGAGCCAGUCGUAUGUCGGACCACGUGUUCCAGCACACGCUCGAAGAUGUUCCCAUCCGCGCCCCUGAGCUCAGCCUCACCAGCCAUAGCCCCACAGACAUCCAGGUUUCUUGGCAGCCUCUCCCAGACAAGCUGAGUCGCGGCCGAGUGUCUGGCUAUCGUUUGUCCUAUCGCACCAGUGCUGAGAGUACAGUCUCACAGAUAGAGCUACCUGGAGAGAAGACAAAUCAUCUCCUGGAAGACCUGCAGCCUGACACCAUCUACCUUUUGCGUAUUGUUGCUGCCACCAGUGUAGGGUGGGGUGAGCAGUCUGCCUGGACGUCUCACCGCACUCCGAAGGCAUCCAGUGCUCGAGUUCCUCUGGCUCCCGAGCUACAUUUGGAGCCUUUAAACUGCACCACUAUUUUGGUGUCCUGGAAGUUGGCACCCAGAAACUCAGCUGGUGUGCAAGGCUACAGACUUUUUUACCAUGAGGAGAGCCAGCCUGAGAACGCCCCGGUUCAGCUGCGUGCUUCAGAUAAUAGACACACCAUUGGAGGCCUUGACCCAAGGAAGAAGUACCACGUUAAACUUCUGGCUUACAAUUUCAUCGGAGAUGGCUACCAGGCUGACCAGACUAUCAGCACCCCUGGAUGUGUCUCUGUUCGAGAUCGCCUUGUGCCCCCUCCACCACCUCCACACAAUGUGUACACCAAGACUAACAGUUCAACUGCCGUGUUUUUGCACUGGGGCCGACCAGCCUUCACCUCCAGCCAUGCGAUCAACUACACCGUCCGCUGCAACCCAGUGGGCCUGCAGAACGCCUCCCUCGUGCUCUACCUGCAGACGAGUGAGCAGAGCCUCCUGGUGCGGGAUCUGGAGCCAAACACCAAGUAUGAAUUUGCUAUUCGUCUUCACAUUGAUCAGCUGUCCAGCCCCUGGAGCCCUGUGGUCUAUCAGAGCACUUUCCCUGAAGCUCCCAUGAUACCCCCUUCCAACGUGAAAGUGACUUUGAUUGAGGAGGACACUGCGCUGGUUUCAUGGAAACCCCCAGAUGAACCCGACGUAGCUGUCACACACUACACGAUCCUGUACGCCUCCAGAAAUGAAUGGAUAGCUGGGGAAUGGCAAGUGCUGCAAAGAGAAGGGACUAUCACCAUGGCACUGCUGGAGAACCUGAGGCCUGGUCAGGUUUACUUGGUGAAAAUUUCUGCAUCCAACGACAUGGGUGAUGGGCCUUUCUCUCACACACUGGAGCUGACAGUACAGCCAGAUCUCUCAUCCGACCCCCGGCACUCCACAGGUCAGUGCCAUCGACAUUCCUUAUCUGAUGGUUUCUACCACCUGGACCAAAAAUCAAUGACAGGGAUCACUGUGGGGGUGUGCAUUGCUUUCAUCUGCAUCAUCAUUUGUGCCUUCAUCAUCGUCUGCCGAGGGAAAAACAGGAAAUUUUCAGCUGUUAAAACAUACACAGAAGGAGUGAGUGCCUCUCCCUUGGCUGCAGGACAACUGGGCUCUGACGGACAAGCUGAGAAUGCUGAUGUGGCUGUACCAAUGAUGAGUCAAAACCAUUUCAUCGAUUCCAAGGGUGGAACAAACCUCAUUAUCAAUUCUCUCGGUCCUGUUCAGGCCAGUGCUGAAAAGAAAAAGAAAUGGUUUUCCUUCAGCAAUAAUGUGAAAAAGGACAGUAAAGCAUUGCAGAAUAUGAGGCAUGGCACUGCGUCCUACCAGCCAGGCACCACAGUGCUGACCUAUGAGGAGGAGUUGUCUGUUUCUCCAGACCAGCGCACCCCUCUGCAGGCUCUGCUCGGGUGUCCUGGCGACACAGAGGGAUCUUCUAGCAGCGAGGGCAGCCAUGCAACUGGUGACUCAGGUCGUUACUCUCAUGACGAAACGGAGAUGACCAACCUGUCAUCUGGUGCCAGCAGCCGUCCGCCGUCUCUGACAGCGGAGGACAGCAGCGGCUCGGACUGCAGCGACCCUGUUGAAGAGCUGCACGAGCUGUCGGAGGAGAGUCAGACUGACCAGGAGUUAAAGGAGUCAGUUGAGAAAGGCUGCUGUCAUCAUGAAACCCAGGGCAGUUCUCAGUCUGCACUCUCUCUAAGUGUGUAA